AUGGGCGCAGUGCGGAGCCGAUCGCUCCUCAUCCUGGCUCAGCUCGCGGCAUCCACAGCAGCAGCUCUGACCACGCCCGGCCGCCUCGUCCUUCUCCGUCACGGCGAGUCCGCGUGGAACGCUGCUGGACGCUUCACUGGUUGGGAGGACGUCCCGCUCACGCCCCGAGGCGAGGAGGAGGCGCGCACCGCUGCCGAGCUGCUCCUCACCGAGGCGGGCGAUGUUCGCAUCGACACCGUGUACACCAGCGUGCUUGGCCGCGCCCUACGCACCGCAGGUCUCUGCGUCGAGGCACUCCGCCGGAACGGGCGCCCGCCGCCGCCGAUCCUGCCGACGUGGCGCCUAAACGAGCGGCAUUAUGGGAUGCUGCAGGCGUAG